AUGUCUAUAUUAUUAACAAUUACCGAUUAUUUAGGACCCAUUCAAUUGGCAAUUAUAACAAUAUUAGUAUCAGUGCUAACAUAUAAUUAUUUCAAAUGGAAACGCCUACUAAGCUACUGGUCCUCUCGUAAUGUUAGCGGUCCGAAACCGUUACCGGUUUUCGGUAAUUUUUUGGCCAAAUUUUUCAUACCUAAACCCUAUCUGGAAUUGCAAUGGUAUCGACAGUUUGGCCGACUAUUCGGGACAUACACUGGCGAUAAACCUGACCUAACCGUUGCCGACCCGGAACUGAUCAAACAAAUAAUGGUCAAAGAUUUUCAUCGAUUUCGCAAUCGCCGGGAUAACGGCAGUUCCCGAUCCAAUGAACCGAUAGCCAAAAAUAUGUUCAGCUCGCGUGACGACACGUGGAAACGUAUCCGUGCCAUAGCAUCGCCAACGUUUACGUCGGGGAAAUUGCGCAAACUGUACACAUUGAUUGGCCAGUGUUGCGAUGAAUUUGUCGGCCAUCUGGACGGUAAGGCCAACCGUCGGGAAUCAAUUGAAUUGAAAAAAUCGAUGGGCGACCUGACUAUGGAUGUUAUAGCCCGGUGCGCAUUCGCUACCAAACCCAAUACAUAUACCGAUCCGGAUGAUAGGUUUACCCGAUCGGCAAACAGUCUAUUUACGAUACCCGUCUGGCGUAUAAUAUUGAUGGCCAUAUUGCCGACACGGAUACGGCGGUUACCGCCUAUCAGUCGACUACUACGCGGUACGGCUGGACCCGAUUUUUUUGUCAAUCUAGGCCGCAAACUGAUGGCUCAUCGACGGGAAACUCAGGCCAAACACAAUGAUUUUUUACAACUACUGAUGGAUGUCGAGCACAACCCCAACAACAAUAAUACAGACAGUAGUGUUGAGCACCGGGAGUCUAGCGGUGACCUGAACGAAGCACAUCACGUCAACGAAGGUGCCGAUGAACUACUGGCCAAUCGUGAAGCCCUGAGCAACGUAUUAGCCAAACGGCUGACUGAGGACGAAAUACUUGGCCAAUGUUUCCUGUUUUUCAUUGCCGGCUACGAAACAACUGCUACAACCUUAUCGUUUUGUACGUAUGAGUUGGCAUUGAAUCCCCGAUUACAGGACAGGCUAUACGAUGAGAUUAACGGUGCGGUUAACCAGCAAAACGGUAAACUAGAUUACGAAGUACUGUCGAGUCUACCGUUUAUCGAUUCGCUAAUAUCGGAAACAUUGCGGAAAUAUCCGCCACUGUUAAGACUGGAACGGGAGGCUAUGGAAGACAUCAAACUAAUGGGCGGUGACGAUAGCACUGGUAGUAUUCAAUUGGAAAAGGGAACCGUAUGUGAGAUACCAGUCUACGCUAUACAUCACGAUCCUGAAUACUAUCCCGAACCCGACCGGUUCAAUCCCGAUCGAUUUAUGCCCGACAAUCGUCCGCUAAUCAAACCCUAUACAUACUUGCCGUUUGGUGUCGGACCACGAAAUUGUAUUGGUAUGCGAUUUGCACUCCUGGAGGCCAAACUAGCAUUGGCUAAGUUAGUCCAAGUCUACCGAUUCAGUCGUGUCGGCGAUACCGAUGUCCCGCUAGUCUACAAUAGAGGUCGCGAUCUGAUGCAAGCCCGACGGCUAGUGGUAGGCAUCGAAAAACGAGUGGACGCCGGGGACGGGAUCGGGAAAUAACUAAAAUAAUUUAUUUUAAUUAUUAGUUUUUUAGAAUAU